AUGGGCCUGAAAUCAGAUGCUGAUGGUGUCCACCCCAUCACUAAGCAGUAUGGGUCAGAGUGUGGCUACAUGUUCAGUAUCCUCCCUCUGCCUGGCCAUGCUGAACUCAGAGCCUCCUACUUCUCCUGCCACACUGACAACCAGGACGAUGAGGUGUUCACUUUUAGCUUUAACUUGAUCACAACUGCUGCAAGUGGAGUGGGAAACACCUACACUGUGAAUGCAACCUGCUCCCUCCCUUUACCCUGGUCCCCCAGAGAAGUCAGCUGUGAGGAGAACUAUAUGGAGGUGUCAAUGAGGAGUGACGUGUCCUGUCUAUCUGGUACAACAACGGAUGCCUGGACUGCUGCCCUUGCUACAGCCCACAGCUCUGCCACGUCUACCUGGCAGGUGAUGUUCCAGCAGGAGGGGCAACAGCUGAUUCCCAUGUCCUUCUCAGACGCUCGGGAGCUGGGCUACGUGUUCCACCUCACCCAGGGGAGGCUGGUGUUCCGCUCGCCCUACACACCACGGUCUGUCAUGGGGUCUGUCUCCAUGGUGAAUGGUUCAGUGGUGGAGGUGGUCCAUCCCAUACUGUUCUCCAAGCAGAGAUGGGUGGUUAUGAUGGUGGACUGGAUUGUUGUGUGCAGCACUAAUGAAGGAAUGUAUGAUGGGGUGGGGCUGGUCUGGCAGACCCCCACUCUGCUGUCCCCGCUGGUCUCUGGCCUCUCUGGGUUGGAGAGCAUCAAGAUCUCAAUGGGGGUGGAUGGUCAGCUCCUGGAUAAGCCCAUCACAGCAGAGCGAGGCUACAGCAUGGACAUCAGUGACACCACUGUCCAGAUCAGCAUCCCCUUCAACGCUGCCGGAGGAUACAGAAAAAGCUUUGUGAUGGACAACAUGUACCAUGAGUUCUAUGUGUUCCGUCUCUACUAUGAACAAACCUUUCUUGAUGACUGCGGUGUGGAGACCAGACUCCGCCUCCACAGGCCCAUGAACACACCCCUUCUGAUCCAGCACACCUCCAUCAUUAACCAAACAGUCCUUGAGGAUCGUGUGUUUACUGUUUACCUGGGGAACCUCUCCUACGAUGUUGACCUGGUGGCUGUGAAGCUCAAUGGUCACAACUUCACCAUACUAGAGGCGAAUAAAAGUGGCCUCGUCAUAACCAUGGUCCCCCAGCCCAAUAGUAACCUACAUGCCUACAUUCUCAGGGUGCCAUUUGAUGAUGCCGUUGUUCACAAACUGUACUCUACAGAGGGUCGUCUUCAGUUCUCAUUGGACACCAACUACACUUUGGUCAUCCUGCCUCAGGAGGAGCCCUACUACUACCUGGCUUCAGUUGUGGCUCAGUUCAUUGAUGUCUUUCCUCCGGUCUUCAAAGGCGUCUGCAAUGAGAAAAGCAUCCAUUUCCAGAUGGACCAUAAGCCAUUUGACUACCUGUGGGAGGUGGGUGUUGGCCCAUAUCUUCUGACCACAAAUCUGGCAGCCAAGCGGGGCUACAUCAUGCAGAAUGACAGCAAGAGUCUGACCCUGGAAGUGCCCCUCUUCACUGUUGGCUACACUUAUAAGGAUAUCAAUUUGAAGCAGUUCUACGGCUCAUUUGAAAUUCACUCGCGACUUCCCAAGACCUUGGAUGUCAAGAGUUCCUUGGCCAAAGCCUGUCUCUUUCAGACUACUGAGGUCAUAGUGUGUUCCACUAAAGGGGUGGUGACAGUGGUUACUGAUGUGACUCUGGCUAUCCCUGGAGCUGAACCCAACGGAACCUUUCUCCUGGACUCCACCUGCAGGCCUCAAGAGACAGAUGACACCAGGGCUCUCUUUAGCUUUGGACUCCACACCUGUGGUACCAGGGUCCAGGUUGACCAUCAGCACGUUACCUACGAAAAUGAGAUCAACGUUGAGCAUAAGAGCCAAUCUGUGAAAGCACCAUUCGAAACCAGGGUUACUGCCUCUGUGAUGACAGUUCGGUGUGUCUAUCCACUGAGUGACCUAUACAAGCUGUUUGCAUAUUGGCAGUUUGAGGCAGACUCUCCAGGAGUUGGCACCAUCUUGACUAGAGUUCCUGUAAAAAUAUUUCAGCCCACCUAUCCACCCACUACCCUCGCCACCACCAGAAGACCGUUGACCUCCACAACUACUUCCAACACAGGCCUGAGUCCUGGGAGGGACAUGCCUGGCAUCCAGCCUAGGGCUAAAUAUGUCAAAGUCUUCAGCUGGCAAAUGAACCAACCUACAGGAACCACUUAG